CCUAAUGCAAAAAAAAAAAAUCAAGAAAUCAAAUCAAGUGAGUGGUGACUUCAGAGAACUGAGUGCGAGUGGGAAGAAAUAAGAAAAAUUCCAAUCGUUUUAUCCAUAGUAAUUGAAAUGUGCCGGUGAAUAUAAAACUAAAAUUAUAUGAGUUUAAUUUUCACCUAAAUACACCGAUCAUGAACAUCAAAAGAUUCUACAUAACAUCACUUGUUUUUACGUUAUUCUUCCUAUGUGUCCUGACAAAAACACACAAGGAUGUUGUUGUCGACAACAUUAGCGAUUUCAAAGAUCUCAAAAAACUACUUCGUACCAAAACGAAUGUACUCAUCAUGUUCUCGUCGGGCAGCCGAGAAUCGCAAGCUAGCGUAAAAGUAUUUCGAGAAACCGCUGAAGCGGUGAAAGGGGUUGGAACCAUGGUUCUUAUUGAUUGUUCAAAUGCAGAGAAAAAGAAAAUCUGUAAAAAGUUAAAAGUAACCCCUUCUCCGGUAUCCUUGAAGCACUAUAAAGACGGCGACUUUCACAAAGAAUAUGACCGGCAAAUGACUGUGAGUAGUAUGACGAACUUUAUGCGAGAUCCAACAGGUGAGCUACCGUGGGAAGAAGACCCUAAGGGGGUGGAUGUCUUUCACAUACCUGACUACAGUACGUUUCAAAAAUUUCUAAAAAAAGACCCAAAGCCGACGUUGGUAAUGUUCUAUGUUCCCUGGUGUGGGUAUUGCAAGCGAAUGAAACCAGAUUUUUCUUUGGCAGCGACAGAGCUAAAGCCGAAUUAUGUCAUGGCUGCCAUGGAUGUAGAAAGAACAGAAAAUGCUAUGGCGCGAAGGGUUUAUAACAUCAGCGGAUUCCCUACUCUGUUAUAUUUCGAAAACGGAAAACUAAAGUCCACGUACGAGGGCGAGAAUACGAAAGCCGGACUGAUGGCUUUUAUGGAAGACCCUUCAGCACCAGCGGCUAUAAAACCCAAGGAAGAAGACUGGUCAGCCGAUACAAACUCUGAAAUCGUCCAUCUGACGACUUUAGGCUUUGAACCAGCAAUCAAGGAUGAAAAGUCGGUAUUGAUUAUGUUCUAUGCUCCUUGGUGUGGACAUUGCAAGCGUAUGAAGCCAGAAUAUGAAAAGGCAGCACUCAUAAUGAAGGAGCAAAAGGUUCCUGGAAUAUUAGCUGCUCUGGAUGCAACUAAAGAGAGCACGAUCGGGCAGAAAUACGCCGUUAAAGGAUAUCCCACAGUAAAGUACUUUGUUAAUGGAGAAUUUCAAUUUGAUGUCAAUCUCAGAGAUGCAGAAAAAAUUGUCAACUUCAUGAAGGAUCCCAAGGAACCCCCGCCACCUCCACCACCAGAAAAAUCUUGGGACGAAGAAGAAUCUGAUGUGGAGCAUUUGAAAGAUGAAACUUUUAAAUCGUUUUUAAAAAAGAAGAAACAUGCGUUGGUUAUGUUCUACGCGCCUUGGUGUGGACACUGCAAAAAAGCUAAACCAGAAUUUAUGGCUGCGGCUGCUGAAUUCCGAGAAGAUCCACGAGUUGCGCUAGCUGCAGUUGAUUGCACAAAACAUGCGGCUGUAUGUUCCGUCUAUGAAGUUCGUGGCUACCCAACAUUUAAAUAUUUUAGUUACCUUAAAACAAACAUUGAUUAUAACGGUGGUCGAAGUGAAUCUGAUUUUAUAAAGUUUAUGAAAAAUCCCGUGGAUAGUAGCAAGGAAAUUUCUAAAGAACCAGAAUCAUUUGGAAAUUUCCCGGGUGCAGAACAUAUAUUAUUACCAGGUGAUGAGAUUGAGACCAAGGGCAAACAAAUUAAAAGACUUCUAGUUAUGUUUUAUGCCCCGUGGUGUGGACAUUGUAAGUCAUUAAAACCAGAAUUCGCUGCUGCUGCUGCUAAAGCAACAACAGAUGAAUAUCGCUUAGGAGCAGUCGAUUGCAAUAUCCAUCACAAAGCAGUUGAAAAGUAUAAAAUUCAAGGAUUCCCUACACUGCUACUAUUUGAAAAUGGCAAACUUGUGGACACUUAUACGGGUCCACGAAAGGCUAGUGAUAUUUUAAAAUAUGUUAGCAAACAAUCUAGAGAUGAGUUGUAAAUGCUAACUUGAGAAAAGUACAGCAUUAUUCUUUGCAUUUAUAUUAUUUUAAGUUGUAUCUGCUUUAAACAAAAUCGAAUAUAUUGAAAUAAUAUGUUAAGAAACAAGAAAUUUGUAUGAUCUUUCUAUUCUAAUCCAGCGUUCUCUCUAACUCAAUUAACGUGUUAUCAAAUUCAAAAAGUAUUUUUUUAAAUUUUUGAUACUAUAUACAUUCUAUAUUUUUUUUUAUUUACAAUUGCUUAAAUGAAAUAAAAGAUGGUUCUUUAUAAUUCGUUGAGAUUAAAACA